AUGUUGGCACCUGCUGCGACCUUGUGUCUGGUGGCAUCCAGCAGCCCCUGGGCUGAAGUGAACGAGGAUUUGCAGGUCGUGGACGAGCUGCAGUACUUCAGCCAGCCCGACAUCUCCAUGUACGUUGGGAUUAUUGCCCUGCUGGCGCUCAUCCUGGUGAUUGGUUUUGUGGUGCGGUUGAUGCAAAUCCUCAACAUCACGUGCGACUGCGCCGCUCUGCAAGCCAGCCAGGAGGACAAGGGCGCCGCGAACCUCUAUAACCCUGAUGAUCCGGCAGCAGACUGGGGGCAGGUUGUGCAGGAAGCGGCGCAGGAGGAGGCCGCCAGAAGAAGGCAGGCGAACUGCAGGACGUGGAUCAAGGAGCGCGUGGCGUCUCUUCAAGAAAAGUGGCAGCGCGUGAUGAACUGCAUCCGCAAGAAGAAACCCGAGAGUCCACAAGCCGGCGGAGGUGAAGCAAGGGUGCGGCGGGUGAACUCCAAGAACCAGGCCGCGCGGGGCGUGAUCCGGUCUUCCUCGCUCCGGUCUUCUUCGAAGCUGAGCCGCGGAAGCCGGCGGAGCCCCUCCAAGGGCUCCGCCAAGGAGAGCCGCCUGGAGUCCAAGAGCAGCCACGGCGCCGAGUCCGAGCGCUCCGAGCAGGCGCGCGAGGAGCCGCCGGAGGAGGCCGCGCCGAAGCCGCCCGAGGUGCCAAGACCUUCGGUGACCUUCUCCAAGGAGGUUGCCAACGAGGUCCCCGACGAGGAGAGGUGGAGAGCGGCUGCUUCCUUGCCGCCUGGAUUCAUUUGGCAUGGGGACCACGACCCGGAGCUUGCUGACUCGCUGGAGAAAUACCUCAAGUGGGAGGCCGUGGGCAAGGAGCUUGAGGAUGUGGAGGAGCGGGACUUCCAUCCGGGGUUCCACGCAGGGAACCUGCAUGGCAUGGCGCGGCUGGCGCAGCAGCAGCGCCAGUCCGUUCUGAUCCCCAUCGUUGAGCCGGUGUCUAAACACUCAGCCAAAGCCCACUCCUACUCGGCCAACACGCUCUACUACUCUUGCAGCACCCUGCGGGAGAGCCGGCGCAAGAAGCGGAAGCGCGGGGCCAGCAAGCACGGAGCCGGAGCGAAGCCGACGGCGAGGAGCCUCGGCUCGCCCCAGCCUUGGAGUUGGACCGGGCAGGAGCCGUCCAAGCCUUUCCGGCUUCCCAUCGAUGGCCCGAGGUUUUCCACAAUGAAGGUGCCUGGAGUUCAGUCCCAGGAACAUAUCCUUAGCCUCGAGUGA